ACUCACUGCAUGCAAUCAGUCGGCAGAAUAAGUGAAAAGUGCGGGGAUAGUAUGUCAUAGAAAAAAAAAGGUGUUGAACAUUAGUAUUUUUCGUUGCCCGUCGUCGUUCGUUCGUCUUAUGCCACGGAACGGAACCAGAAGAGUCAUCAUCGCGGGUCGUCGUCGCAGUGUGUGUUUGGCCUGCCUGCUGCCGUAUUUUGUUCUCAUUUUGUCUGAUUUUAGUUUGCUUGUGCAGAUCUGGUGAUAUAAUUAAUUUCGCUUGCUAUAUAGUCUAAAGGAGAGUUUUGCAACAAUUGAAAUCUGUAUGCUAAAAACAAAGAAGUUGUGCAAAAAAUACAGUGUAGAAGUGAUGAAAAAGCUAAUCCUAUCGGUGUGUGCGAAAAGAAAAAAUAACUUUCCAGACGUGUGCGGGGUGUAGUUGAUAAGGCAGUGAGUGAUAUCAAUAGUAUAGUUGUUGACGAACAGAAGCAUCAGUCCAAGAAGAGCGAAAAAGCGACGAAAUAAAAAUCAUCCAUCCAUUCAUCUGACCCCCGAGGCUAAAAGGCUCCCUACGCAAGAAGCUCAGUGGAAGUAAAAAAUACGGAAAACCUGUCUUAGCAGAAUAUCAGCACCCAAAAUAAUGGCGAAAACGUACGAUUAUUUAUUCAAGUUGCUGCUGAUUGGCGAUUCCGGUGUUGGCAAGACCUGCAUCCUGUUCCGUUUUUCUGAGGAUGCCUUCAACACGACCUUCAUCAGCACGAUCGGAAUUGAUUUCAAAAUAAGGACCAUCGAAUUAGACGGCAAAAAAAUCAAAUUACAGAUAUGGGACACAGCCGGACAGGAACGUUUCCGAACGAUUACAACGGCGUAUUACCGGGGUGCGAUGGGUAUCAUGCUAGUGUACGACAUCACACAGGAAAAGUCAUUCGAAAACAUUAAAAACUGGAUCCGGAAUAUAGAGGAGAAUGCGUCGGCCGAUGUAGAAAAGAUGCUUCUAGGCAACAAAUGCGAGCUAAACGAGAAGCGACAAGUAACCAGGGACCGAGGCGAACAGUUAGCAGUAGAGUAUGGUAUAAAAUUUAUGGAAACUUCGGCGAAAGCUAGCAUUAAUGUAGACGAGGCAUUUUUCACGCUUGCCAGAGAUAUUAAAUGUAAAAUGGAAAAGCGAAUGGAAGCAAAUAAUCCUCCCAAGGGUGGCCACCAGCUGAAAGCUUCAGAACAACCACGGAAGGCACCGAGUUGGUUAUCGAAGUGCAAUCUAUUUUGACCUUGUAAUAGUCCUUUAAAUUAUUGUAACUUUUUUAUAUAACAUACUAACUAAAAAAACGUAAAACUAUUAUAAUUAUGUACUGUGUAGAAGGAAAGUAAGAUAGAGUGCGCUGAGAGUAUUGGGGACAAAAAUGAAGAAGAAAACUCUACACCAAUUCAAAGGAAAAGACACGCAAUCAACCCGACAGCAUCCGAGAAGAAAUAUAACGCGUUUGGUAAUUCUUCAUGUAUGACAAAACGUCCAGGUUAGGAAGGGGAACCACCACCAGCAAUUCGAUCUCCUCAGAUAAAUGUAGGUCACACAUACACACCGAUAGAUAGUUUCGUUUCUUUUUCAUGUAUUAUCUUUGUAAAAACGAUAAGACAUGAAACUAUAAAAACAGACAACCAUAGGCGACACCUGCAUGUUUUGGUAAAAUAACUUAUACUCGAUGUAAAUUGGUAUUAGUAAUAACAUUAUGCUAUGGAACGAGUCGAAAGAUCUAAGAAUCAAAAUCAAUAGUUAUAUGUUACACUACACGAAAGACAUUCUCAAUGCCCGGAUACCACCCUGACAGUAACCAUAUUUUUGUGUGCUGUUAUAACGUACAAUUAUUCACAAUUUCUCGAAUAAUUACUGAAUUGAAAAUAAUGAUAUAUACAUUGUAACGAAGGAAGAUAUUCAAAACAUAUCACCUUGUUACUAUGAGUUUAUUCUACGAGUCGCAUGUUGCAUGAUCCCAUUUAAAUUACACGUUCGAUUCAAGUGAGAAUAGAGGUUGCUGACGUUUAAUCAUCUUUCUCUUUCAAGCGCAUAGGAAGGAUAGGAUUUGUUUUCAUCGGGAAACGUUUCCCGAUGAAAACAAACCCUAUCCUUCGUAUGCGCCUGAAAGAGAAAGGUGAUUAAACGUCAGCAACCCUUAUAGCUUAAAACGUCACUCACGUAAUCGACUCAUUGCGUGUCACUCUAAUCGCAGAAUAAGUUCAUAGGGAUAGAGUGUGAUGGAUUGACCACCUUGAAGAAAAUAUAAAAAAUAAUGGAAAUUUUGCAAGAAUCGCAGUUUUUUUUGCAUGGAUAAUAAAAUGAGAUACAUAUAUCUGGUAUGAUAUUUUCAUUAGCAGGGUUCGGAUUUUUCACUCACUCAUGCACCAACAGAUUUCUCCACCAUCUACUUUAUCCAGAUAACUUACAGUGCGCUAAACUCUGAUAUCAGCGAUGGUGCAAAAAUUUAUUACGUAAUCCUUCUUCCCAUGUUUCGUAAAAAUCGUACGCUGUUUUUUUAUUAAUGUUUUGACUUUGAUAGUCAGUUCUUCGCUUUAUGCUGCUUAGUUUACCUCUCCAAACUAAUUACAUCUGACGAUGCGGCACGAUAGGUAGUAGGUUCAAUACUGCUGUUUUUUCUUAGCUUUCAAUCAGUUCGUAUGGUGGUGUGGUUAUAGUGGGCAGUAUGAAUAUUAUAAACAGUUGCUUUGGCUUCGAAUCUCUUCGCGGCCCUACAUUAUAUGCUUGUAAAAAUUAUCCCGGGAAGUUACGAGAAGGAGAAUUUGGUGAUGCAACGUUAAAUUAUCCGGCGAGCCGGCGAUCACGAGUUUAUCUCCCGUUUUUAUAUCCGGAAAAAUAUUGUGUGAGGAUACUUGCUAACAUGAGAACAUUAUAUAAAUUCUCACUCCGCUGAUUGGAUCAAUCUAGGGUUUUUAUUCGAAUGAGUGAGAAUGCCGCAGCCUGAAUAUAACAAUGCUUCCUUCAUUUUGAAAAUCCACUCGAAAACUGCGAUAACCUUGUGCUUAAUCUAUGUUUCAUAUUGAAUGAUUUGAUAUGGAGUAGGUCAGGGAUGCUCAGAAUUUUGGGCGUUUUUUCCUCAAUUUGCUUCUCGCACAUUAAAAAAAGCUUUUAUCAUACAAGUUAGUACUUGGACGAAAACUUAUACAUAAUCUAUCAGCUGAUUGUAUUACAAAUAUAGGUUUUGGGGGCGCUCGUUAGCCGUACGGUAAGAUAUGUGGCUACAAAGCAAGACUUGCAGUUAAUAACACUACGUCGAGGCGGCAAUGUCCCGGUGGGGGGAUGUAAUGAAAAUGGAGAAGAAGAAGAUUGGUGCAAAAAUCACUCCGUACGUCUUGAUUUAAGUAAAAUUACAGUGCGGCCCGCGGGUCGUAUCUUUUUUUGCUUUGAUCAUUUUGUACGGAGUGAUUUUAAUUCCAAUGUCCGUUUUAAUUGAAUUUCAAGACCUGAAUCACUAACAUUAAUGUCACUGUGUAGAAUGUAUAAAAUAAAAGAGGGUGGUUGUCCAGUUGCAGCAAAAAUAUCACAAACCCUUUGAUAGGAAUACCGUGGAAACACGCACCCUUUUAUUCAUUUGGAGACGUCAAUACCCUCAGCUGAUAUACAUUUUAUAUUUUAUAUUUACUCUGCGUCUCGUAUGAGGUAAUGCGUUUCGAAUGAAGUGAAUAUUAUUGCCGAUACCUCCCAUUUAAAUUACACGGUCGUCUCACGGGAGAGGUGAUGAAUUCGACUAUUCUCGAGUCAUACGAGACGCAGAAUAAGCACAACAAUCUUCACCUAUAUUCUUGUUAGCGUUCGAAUGCUCAUUCGAUCGAAAGCUGAUGCGCCUUACUGCUCUUUCGGGGGCAUUAAAACGGAGUUCGCCAGGAGAUCAUAUUUAAAAGCUAUCGUCCAAGUACCAUCUUGUAUGGUCAAAGCUUUUUUUGUGUGUGUCUUUAUUAAGGAGACUUUCAGCCCUAGGCUGGUCAAAGCUCAUUUUUAUUGUGUGAAAAGUAAAUUAAGGAAAAUACGCCAAAAUGUUGAGUAUCAUUGAUGUAGGUAGUCAAAAUCGGAAAUUCUCAAGUCGCUUGUAGAGGCACAACCUAGUAAGACUAACAUUACCAGAUUUCUAGCUAAAACUAUUUCCAAUUGGAUGCAGAAUGGAUCGAACUUCUAGAGUUGUUGUAGCAAUGAAAGAUUUUGUAAUUUGCUCUUUCCGGAGCUUCUCCACUAUUUGAAUCGGUUGUUUGGUGACAUAAAAUAUGAUAGACCAAGUUUAGAAGUUUGCUGUGAACCCUUUCUACACCCGAGGACAGAAGAGACAUGCUAUUGCUUAAUGUUACGAUUGCAAAAAGAAAUAAUAAUUUCGGAAUACAAUUGAAACCGUGGUGAAACCCAAUUAUAAUAUUACGUGGGAACGAAUAAAAAUCUUUAGCAAACAA